AAAUAUUGCAUAAUGCAACAGAUGGAUCUAUGAGAUGUUAGAUUUGGGUAAAAAAUGGACUUGGGUCCAGAUAUUUGAAAAUAGGGGCGCUCUGAUGGGCUGUAGCAAUGCACACCCGCACUGUCAGAUAUGGUCUAGCUCAUUUUUACCAAAUGAAAUUAGAAUAAAAGACGGAUAUCUCAAAGAUUUUUAUGUACGUAAUAAGAAACCUCUUCUCAUUGAUUAUAUGCAGAAAGAAAUUUUAAAAAAGGAUCGAAUUGUAAUGGAAAAUUGUGAUUGGAUAAUUGUAGUGCCAUUCUGGGCAGUUUGGCCAUAUGAAACUAUGAUAUUACCUAAAAAGCAAGUAACUAGAAUGCAAGAAUUAUCAGACAACCAACAAGAAUCUCUAGCUGUCAUCAUGAAGAGAUUAUGUACGAAAUAUGAUAAUCUCUUUCACUGUUCUUUUCCAUAUUCGAUGGGAUGGCAUGGUGCUCCAAUGGGUCCACAUCAGAACCAUGAUUAUCCAUACUGGACUUUUCAUGGAAUAUACUUACCUCCUUUAUUACGUUCUUCUACGAUAAAGAAGCACAUGGUCGGUUAUGAGCUUUUAGCUCAAGUACAAAGGGACCUAACACCGGAACAAGCAGCAGAAAGAUUAAGAGAUUUAUCAGAUUCUCAUUAUAAGCAUCCAGAAACUAGCCUAACUGUGGAGGAAAUAGAAAAAUAUUCGAAUUAAAUGUGUAUAAAAUUAUAUUGAUUGAUUAUGUGGUUUGAAAAUAAUACUAAGAUAAAUAAUGAGCAUAUAUCACAUCUUCAUUAAUUUAUUCUAAUAUAUUGCGAAGAAUAUCAUGUAAUUUUUGGCGUUUCCGCAAGAUAGGAGGGGGGGAAUACAUAUAUUACUGUAGAUAAAAUUGUGAAGAAUAUUACGUCGAUCCGCCAUCAGAGGUUUAUCGGUAUUCGCAAAAAUUCUCGCAAGUGCUAUGAUACGCGUAUAUCUCUAUAUAGAAUCUCGAUCAAACAACUAUCUCAGACGUAUAAGGUAGGCUUCCACUACAAUGCCUUACUGACGAGUCUAGUUGUGGAAGCCCGGAACGAAACGCCAAAAAUUACGUGAUAUUCUUCACAAUAUAUUAGAAUAAAUUAAUGAAGAUGGUCACAUUUAUGACCGAAAACGUUUCCGUAAUUGAAUUAUAUUAAAGACAAUUUCUCACAAAAAAGAUCCACUGUAGUGGUAUAU